AUGCCGCAGCGGAACGAGUCGAAUGGGAUCGACGGCGUCGUGACGGUUGUCGGGUUGAGGGACGACGAGGCAAGGGACAUCCUGUUGGAGAGGAGGGGUACGGUGGAGAACGGGGGGAUCGAUGUUGGAAAGCGCUGCGACGGGAUGCCGGAGCUCAAGGACGAUCGGGAUCAACCGUUGGACGACGAGGAGGUGUGCCUGGACCUUGGAGAACCGUCGCCGGAAGUGAUUGAUUACGCGAGGAGGGAGCUCGGGGAGACGGACGACGUGAAGUGUAGGACUCUUCAGGAACUGAGGGAUAUGAUUUAUGAGAGAGGGGAGUGCCUGCCGCGCAGGAUGGACGACGAUUUUUUGAUCAGAUUUUUGAGAACGAGGAAUUUCAACGUUAAUCGGGCACAUCGAUUGAUCGUGAAUUACUGCAACUUCAAAGAGGAACAUCCGGAGAUCCACCAGGAUAUAAGGCCGCUCGAGAUGAAGUACAUCGGCGACGACGACGUCGUUUCCGUACCCCCGUACAGGACCCAAUGCGGAAGGAGGAUAAUGAUAUAUCGUUUGGGGAAUUGGGAUCCAAGAAAGUAUUCCGUCGAGGAGAUCUUCAAGGCGACCAUCAUUAUUCUCGAGCUCGGCGUCCUCGAGCCGAGGGCCCAGAUCCUUGGCGGAACCGUGAUCUUCGAUUUGGAGGGCAUCACCAUGGCCCACGCAUGGACCAUCACUCCCCAGGUUGCCAAUAUGGUGAUAGCCCUGAUGGUGUCGGCGUUUCCGAUGAAGACUCACGCGAUACACAUCCUCCACCAAUCCUGGGUGUUCGACGUGAUGUUCUCAGUGUUCAAACCUCUCCUCGACGCGAGGAUGCAGAAGAAGAUAUUCUUCCACGGCGGGAACAUGGACAGCCUUCACAAGCACAUCUCACCCUUCCAUCUGCCGAAGAGGUACGGAGGAAUCAGGGAGGAGUUGCCCUACUACAAGUGGAUCGACAACCUCAGCAAAGUGCCCCAGAUCGUGAAAGAGAUGAAGCAGCUCGGCUACAUCGUGCCCGAGGAGAUACUCGAACAGUUGGGCCAAUUGGUCGAGGAUUGAAAUUAGAGGAUCUCUCCUCCCCCCCCCCCCCCUCCUGUGUCACGAUAUUAAACUUCCUCCCUUCUUCUUCAAUACAUGUAACCCAUACACGUGUUACGGCAAAAAC